UGCUGAGGUCUCUGACCCAUUGCUGGGUUUCCAAGCAUGGCAGAGGAGUUAGAGGGACAUGCUUUUGACUCUUUUCCUAUUAGUGAACGAGUUGAAUCUCUUGAGCAGUCUGCAGACUUAGACGAAUCCACGGAAGACUGCAGCAUAGACUGCACCGGUAACUCCGAGCAAUCCGCAGGGGAGCAGUCGGUAGAGUUGGAUUGCUGGAACAAAGAGUGUUGGAAGGCAUUUGAAAACAAUGAUCUCACGGAAGCCAUUCGUUUGCUGCCUUAUUUUGUAACUGAACCUACCGCUGGAAUAAAAAGUUAUCAUGGCUCAAAUGGUAUUACAUUACUUCACCUCUCUUCAAAAAAUGGCUGGUUAGAUGUUACAAAAGAUCUCGUUGCUGAUUAUCACUUUGAUCCGCAUGAAAAAGAUAAAACAGGGCGAAGUAGUCUUCUUUAUGCAUUUGCAGAUCAUGCUAUUGAUGUAUUAAAGUAUUUGAUUAAUGUUUGUAAUUGCAACCCGAUGGCUACUAGUAAUAAUGGAAAUAAUAUCCUUCAUUACUCGGCUACUAAUGGAUCGCUUGUUGUUAUAAAGUAUAUGAUUGAUCAUUACCCAGACAUGAACCUAAUGGCUACGAAUGAGCUAGGCGAGACUGUCCUUCAUUGUGCUGUAUGCCAUGUAGAUAUUGUAAAAUACCUGCUCAUUGAUUGCAACUGUGAUCCCAUGACUGCUGACACAGAUGGUUGGACACCUCUUCAUUUUGCUGCUGAUUUGGGCCAAUUCGCAACUGUAGAAUAUUUACUAUCAACUGAUAAAUGUGAUCCAUUGGCUGAAGAUAAUGAAGGGAGAACUCCCAUAAGCUUAGCCCUUUCCAAAUCCAUUGAGCACCCCAAUAUGGUCUCUGUCUUCAAAAAGUUUUACAAAAUGAAGAUAUCUCACCCAAUUGAUUCUUAUGUUAACAUUCUUCUUCUUGGAAAUUCGGGAACUGGUAAAAGUACUCUUGGCCAUGUCAUCACAAAUACAUCUACAGGCUCUGUUGUUCUUGGCUCUUUUAGGAAUGUCAAAGAAGUAGAACCUUGCACUGCGGGCAUCAUUCCAACUGAACUACAGCAUAAAACACUGGGUAACAUCAUUCUUCAUGAUUUUGCUGGUCACUCAGAAUACUAUUCAAGCCACAGUGCUAUUAUUGAGAACUUGUUAGGUUUUGGUGGCAUAUUUGUUGUCGUAAUUAACAUGCUUGAGAAGGAAGCAAUCAAACAGCUUCGUUAUUGGCAAACUAUUGCAAAAAAUGAAGUAGAAAAGGCUCGUGAUCAGCCUCAUGACAUUAUAGUAGUUGUCAGUCAUGUGGAUAAAAUAAGUGGCCAUACUGAAAGGAGGAGGGGAAUAGAAAAGGCUGUUGGAAGCGAACCGUUAUAUUUCUUGGAUUGUCGUAAGCUUGGAGGCACUAGUAUGGGUUCAUUUUUAAAUAAAUUGUCCAGUGCCUGUGAACAUAUUCGUACCACAAGGGAAAUCCAGUUAAAUUCAUAUCAUCAUGAAAUGUACCACCUACUUGAAGAUAUGUCAGAGAACAUCCUGACCCUGUCUAAUUUACUUGCUGAAGUGACUGUUGGUUGCGCUCUACCAGAAGCGAAAGAAGAAAUUGUGGAUAUUCUUAACUUGUUGCAUUCAACUGGUUUGAUCAAUGUUAUUAAAAGUGAAGAUCAAAUAUGGAUUGUCGUGGAUAAAGGAAUAUUAUUAUCGGAGUUAAAUGGAAUUCUUUUUGCUCCAAAAAUGUUUAAGGAACAUAUCACCAUUGCUAGCAAUACCGGUAUUGUUAGUGUGUCUGGUCUUGCUAAACUCUUCCCUAAAUACGAUCCUGACAUGUUAAUCUGUUUUUUGAAGAACAUGGAACUCUGUCAGGAAAUAAACGUAUCUUUUUUAAAAAUGUCAAACCUCUUUCAAUUAACUGUAAGAGACACAGAAAAAGAUGCAAAUCCACUGGAAGAAAGGUUGCUGUUCUUUCCAUGUCUUUUGUAUAGCGAUAGACCUGAUGAGAUGAUUAGUCACGUAUUCAAGUUUGGUUGGUGUCUGCAGUGUAAUAAAGAACAUGAUUUCUUCCCUCCUAGAUGCUUUCACAUUCUCUCUUUACAUCUAGCUUAUAAAUUUGCUCUACCUCAUGAAGAUGACAUCUUAAAUCGAUAUUGUACAUUUUGGAGAAAUGGUCUACAUUGGUUCAAUGGUCAUGGUGUCGGUGCACUAGUGGAGAUUGUGGAUGAGAGCCAGUCCAUACUAGUAAUGAUGUCCUGUGAGGAUGGUUACAGCGACGAUAUGGUUCUUCUAAGAAGAGAUGUGAUAAAAGAGAUAAUGAGUGUUUCGAAGGAUUCUUGUCCAUACAUAGAAGUGAAGGAGUUUAUCAUUGAUCCUAGUGACUUAUCUUAUCCUUUGGAGAUACCAAAAGAAAGGAAAAUAUAUAAUGUAUGUGCUGUACUGUCUGCAAUUACAGAAGGCAGGAAAUUUAUAGUUACUAAUGAUCCUAUGCAUAGAGAUUUAAAAAUGGUCCUACCUGACGAAUCAUUGUCUGAUAUUUGUAACCUGUCACUUUUAGGAGGACGUGAUAUUAAUCUUAUCAUAAAAUGUAAUCGUGUGACUUCUAAAGAUAAACUUGACAUUAGAGAUCUUGAUAUUGUCAUUGAAGAGUUGACAUCAAGCCAACACUUACCUUGUCAUGUAUGGCAUGAUCUUGGGCUUCAGUUGGGUUUAUAUCAACCUACAUUGGAAGAUAUUGAGAAAUCGUUCAGAGGUGAUUUAAGAACUUGUUUUCGUGAGUGUAUGUCUGCCUGGUUAAAAGGAGCAGAUAAAGUAAUAGAAAAAGGAGGUCCAAGCUGGUUGUCAUUAGCUUCGGCACUGAAUAAAGAAGGAAAACGUCAAAUAGCUAGUAGCAUUAGAACUAAAUACUGUUAAUACCUCAAUACUGUUAAUGACUUACUGCUCUGCUUGGCCGUAUGCUAAGCAGCUAUAGUCCUUUCUUUAAAAUGUCUUGCUACAACUUUAAUUAAUUUUUGUUUGUCAUAAUAUAAAAAAUGUCAUAUUUUUAAAGAUUACUGUCUGUAUCUGAUUUUUCUUCAUUGUA